AUGCCUACACUGAAACCGCUACCGGAUUGUGAGGGCCCAAAGCUUGAGUGUUUCACCGAUGAUCUCACCAAGCACGACUUCAAGUUCCUGGAAUAUCUCGGCUCUGGCUGUCACUCAGCGGUCGUUAAGGCCGAGAUCGAUGGCAAGAUCUACGUCAUCAAACUUUUCUUCCCAGUUUAUGUACACGAGCCCAACUUCGAACUGGACCCCAUUGACGAAGGCUAUUUCGUUGGAAGAGAGGAGAAAGAGCGACUGACCGCCAGCGAAAAGAUGCCCCAGUAUGUUGUCGACAGUCUACGUCUUCAUGCAACUUCCUUCCACAACGAGUGCCGGGCCUUCGGUCGCCUCAAGGAGCUCGGCCAGGAGCAUCUUGCCGUCAAAGUGCACGGCUACCUGCGCCUCUAUUUACACCAGAUCGACGAGCAGAUCCAAGUGGCGGUCCAGAACUCCUUACCGGAAGCCAUAUUCCCUUCAGAAGAAGUGAUGGAAAUGGAGGACGAUGAAGUCGAUCUACCCAUCAUGGCUAUCGUCAAAGACUGGAUCCCCAACCACCGAACGCCUACAGGUGGAAUGACACGAGAAGCGGAACAGAGACAGAUCAAGCAUCUACCACGUAUGCUUCGCAAUCUUCGCCAGCUCCACAAAUGCGGCAUCGUCGUACGCGACCUCAAGUCUCAGCAGUAUUACGAAGGCCAGCUGUGUGACUUAAGCCACGCCUGGACGAUUCCACACAUUUUUGGCCCGGAGGGCAGGAUUCGGCCGAGAUGGACCUUUGCAAGUAUGGCAGCCUGGGACGUGAAGUGUUUCCAGGAUAUCAUCGACGAGGUAAACCUCUCCGCGCCCCGGGCCAAGCCACCUCUCAAAGGAACUGAAUUGGUUGCAAAGCGCAACGAAGCGCGCUAUAGAAGUCUUCGUCCUCGUCCAGGCAUGCAGGGACCUUUCCUCCCUCUGGUCAACUAUGAUGAAGGCGGCACCUGGAACUUGGACUACUAUCCUUCACAUGACCCGGGGCUCUUCAAAUGGAGGAAAACCCCGAAGCCGACCAAGAAGGAGUCCAUUGGCCGUACCCUUAAGUAG